AUGGUUGUUCCCUACAGCCCUUUCCUCCUUAAAACUUUCAACGCCCACAUCAACGUUGAAUCUUGCACUUCGAUUAAAGGCAUCAAGUACAUAUGCAAACAUGUAAACAAGGGCAGCGACAUGGCUGUUUUGGGUGUGCAGGAUGAAGAAACAGCCAACGAUAAAAUCCUUCAAUACGUUAUGGGCAGGUAUAUUUCGUUCAAUAUGGCGGCAUGGCGCAUUCUAGAUUUUGAUAUUCACCAGUCCUCUGCAGCUGUUUUUGGCCUAGAUGUACACUUAGAAAAUAGGCAACGUGUUUACUUCACUGAGAACACCGCCGCAAAUGUACUCAAAAAGCCACCGGAAACAACGUUUACAGCAUUCUUUAAGUCGUGUACAUCCGAUUCCUUUGCGCAAACUCUACUUUAUGAGGAUGUACCGUCCUACUUCACUUGGACUAACAAAAAAUGGCAAAGGUGGCGGCAGGGUGUGCGAAUCGACAAUGAGGUUGGCGAGGUAAUCUACAAAGGAAACAUGAUCGAUCGUGUCCACACUGUACACCCAAAUCAUCAGGAGUGUUUUUUUGUGGAUGAUUCUGUUUCAUAUGAAAGGCCCAACAUCAUUUGCCCACGUCAGAUCAUUCGAUGGACAAAUGUGUUGCACUUACAGGGAAGCUUGCUUGCGACGGGGACUACUCGAGAUGAGGGUCUCUGGAACACGGCAUUGCAAGAGGUCUCUGAAUGCAGGACACCAGAAGUAAUGCGCUGA